AUGAACGAUAAUGAUGAUGAUGAUGAUGACGUUGGUGGUGGUGGUGAUUUUGUUGCUGAUGGUAAUGAUGACAAAAACAACAACAACAACAAAAACAACAAAAACAACGACGACGGCGACGACAACGACAACGACGAUGACGACGACGAUGACGAUGACGAUGACGGUGAUGAGAACGAUGAAGAGAUUUGUUUCAGCGGUGGUGGUGGAGAUCGAUUUAAUAUUUGA